AUGCGUCGCUCGUUAGUGGUGUCGCCCUUCGCGGCGCUGCUUGCCCUCCUCCUGCCUUCGCUCGUCUCCGCCAUUCGCAUGUUCGAGUCCAACUCGCUGCAGACGUGCAUGAAGAACUCGUCCUUCUCCGCUACGCUGUUCCAUGUCGUGUUCACCCCAGACAAUGGCUCACUCCAGUUCGACAUCAAUGGUAUCUCCCAGAUCUCUUCCAACGUCAUUCUCCAGCUCGAGGUUUUCGGAUAUGGCUACGAGAUCUACCACAACACGAUCGAUCCGUGCUCUGAUUCGACUUUCAAGGGCCUCUGUCCUAUGAAUGCUGCCCCCAUCACUCUCACCAGUAACGCCGAGAUUCCACAGGACACGGUCAACAAGAUCCCGAACGCCGUCUACUACAUCCCCGAUCUCGAUGGCAAGGUCCAGGUCUGGAUCAACGACACCAGCGGCAACGCCCUUGCCUGCGUUGAGGCUGAGUUGAGCAACGGCAAGACCGUCUACCAGAAGGGCGUCGCUUGGACUGUCGCCAUCAUCGCCGGCCUCGGCCUCGUAAUUUCUGCCGUCGUGUCGGGCCUGGGUCAUUCCAACACGGCAGCCCACGUUGCGUCCAAUGCAAUGUCGCUGUUCUCCUACUUCCAAGCCCAGGCCUUCAUCGGCAUGACUGCCGUCGAGAUGCCUCCUAUCGCCCGUGCCUGGACCCAGAAUUUCCAGUGGAGCAUGGGUAUUAUCCGCGUUGGCUUCCUGCAGACCAUGGCCACGUGGUACCAGCGCGCUACCGGCGGCACUCCCUCAACGUACCUAUCGACGCUGGGCACCACGUCUGUCUCCGUGGAGAAGAAGAAGCGGUCUCUCGAGACCGCCUUAACCGCCGCUUACCACAUAGGCAAGCGCAGUUUCAACUGGCUCGCCAAGCGGACAAACGCCCAGUUAACCAACUCGGAGAACCUGCAAGUUGUGACGGUGCGUGGCAUCGAACGCGUGGGUUUCGUGGCCAGGAUCGAAAUCACCAACAUCUUCUUCACUGGUUAUGUCUUCUUCGUCAUCUUUGUCAUUUUCGUUAUCAUCGGUGUCGUUGCCUUCAAGUACAUUUGCGAGGGCCUCGUCAGGGCUGGAAAGAUGAAGCCCGACAAGUUUACCGACUUCCGCAACGGCUGGAAGCUAGUUCUCAAGGGUAUCCUGUAUCGCGUCGUGCUCAUUGGCUUCCCUCAGAUGGUCGUGCUCUGCUUCUGGGAACUAACCAAGCGUGACUCGGCCGCCGAGGUCGUUCUUGCCAUCUGCACAAUCAUCACCAUGCUUGUCAUCCUCGGCUGGGCCGCCGUCAAGGUAUGGCGCAUCGCACAGCGCUCUAUCAAGAUGCACAAGAACCCGGCGUACAUCCUGUAUUCGGACCCGAAGGCCCUGAACAAGUGGGGUUUCUUGUACGUGCAGUUCAAGGCCACCAUGUACUACUUCAUCAUCGUCGUUCUGGGCUACAUCUUGAUCAAGGGCAUGUUCGUCGCGUUCGGUCAGUCCAGCGCCGUUGCGCAGGCUGUAGGUAUCUUGAUCCUCGACAUUGCCCUCCUGAUUGCCGUGUCUGUUAUGAGGCCGUACAUGGACAAGAAGACGAACGCAUUCAACAUUUCAAUUGCCGCAAUCAACUUCUUCAAUGCUCUGCUUCUGCUGUUCUUUAGCCAGGUUUUCAACCUUCCGGCCCUCGCUAUCGGUGUCAUGGGCGUCCUUUUCUUCGUUGUCAACUGUGUUUUCGCCAUUGUUAUCCUCUUGAUGGUCAUCUGGGCGUCCGUAUGGGCCCUUGUCUCCAAAAAUCCAGACACCCGCUAUCAGCCCAUGCGCGACGACCGCGGCUCUUUCAUCAAGUCGCAAACCAACCUGGGCACCACGGAGCUUGACGCCUUGGGAGCCACUGCACGCGGCGACGGCACGCACGGUUUUGGCGCCGAGCGUAAGCGCAUGGACCUCGACGAUGACGUCGAGGGCUCUUCUACGGAGGGCACAUUCGUCAACUCGAACACACCAUCACAAACGAAUAUUCCCAAGCACGACGGCGGUGCUGCAGCUGACUACUACGGCAACCCACCGCAUAGUCCCGUUGCUCCGCCAAGUGCUCCUAUGCUGAGAGGAUCCGCGUCGGGUCCGUACAGCAAUGACCGACCGCUGAGCAACCGGUCUUUCGGACCAGCGGGGCAGCAAUUCCGGGCGCAAAAUAACGCGUCACCCAACCCAUGGCAGAGGGGUGUUGGAUACUAG